AUGACUAAUGAGGAUGGCCAGGAAGGAGCAGAAGACGCGCUUGCCGAAAUUACAGAAGACUUGUAUGAAAGUUCACAAGGAAAUAGAAACACGACAGAAGAACUUUUCCAAAGUGCGUACGACCAAGCUGAGUUAAGUGAAAAGUGCCACAUCGUUUUUCACAGCUUUACAGAAGAGGACAUAAAUGAAAUAAUCAAUUCGGUGAAUGAUAAUUUAUUCAAGAGGGAGAUGCUUGAGAGAUGGAUACAGCUACACGAAGAUGCAGCAGGAAAGGUGCAGAGUUUGAAGGAGCAUUUAUCAUUUUAUUUGGAAAAAUUAAAAAGUUUGUAUGACGUGGAUGAAAACAUUGCAGAGGAACAGAUGGAGAAGAUUAAUUAUACUAUUGACACAACUGUCAGAAUGACGGAGGAGUAUCACAAUAAGCUCUUCUUCUACUACAUCAUAAAGGAUAAUUUGCCUGAGUCUGACCACGAGCGUUUUAUAAAUAUAGGCAGAAACGCGUUUAACGCAUUUAUAGAUGAGCUAGUUACUAUGGGGGAGCGUAAGCUAAAUAAAUGUAUACUCAAUUAA